AAUUAUUCAGCAUCUGAAGUAGACAGACAGACACUAGAACGUUGCUCUUUUUCCCCUUCUUCAUCCUCAACAGUCAACCCUAGCACCUAAUUUCUAAAUUCUAAAUAUAAAUUUUAUCAUCUAUACCAUAACCGGAAGCAUGAAAUUCCGGUAUGCCAUGGUGUGCUCAUCGAACCAGAAUCGGAGCAUGGAGGCGCACUCGCUUCUGAAAAAGCAGGGCUUCGACGUGUCUUCGUACGGUACUGGGGCUCACGUUAAGCUCCCUGGACCCUCUCUCAGAGAACCCAACGUCUACGACUUCGGUACUCCCUACAAGCACAUGUUCGAGGAUCUCAGGCGCAAAGACCCCGAACUCUACAAGCGAAAUGGCAUUUUGCCAAUGCUAAAGAGAAAUUCAUCAGUCAAGCUGGCUCCUCAGCGGUGGCAAGAGAAUGCUGCUGAUGGUUCCUUUGAUGUGGUUUUUGCAUUUGAAGAAAAGGUGUUUGAUAUGGUUGUUGAAGAUCUUCACAGCCGGGAUCAAGCUCUUAUGAAAACUGUACUGGUGAUAAACUUGGAGGUAAAGGAUAACCAUGAGGAGGCUGCCAUAGGAGCUCGGCUUACUUUAGAUUUGUGCCAAGAGAUUGAAGCAGCAGAAUCAUGGGAAGACUCGAUUGAUGAUAUAAUAGCUACCUUUGAGAAACAGCAACGGCGAAAGCUAUUGUAUAGCAUCUCCUUCUAUUGAGACUGUCAUGAAUACACAAGUAGAAUUAUGCUUUGAUCAAAUCAUUUAACCACAAAUUCCAUUCCUGCUGUUAAUGUUUGUCAUUAACCUCCAACUUUUACAUCCUGUAAAAUAUAUGUAUUAACUCCUUUUUCAGUGAAAUUCCAUAUUCUGUUUUGCAUGAAA